AUGCCUACUUGCACGUAUCCUCAUGGGGAAGUACUGUCAACAUCAACCUUUCCUAGAUGUACCACUCCAAUCUGCCUCCUCGCAUGGCUGGGUGGUAUCCUAAUCGGAAGAGACUUACUGAAGAAGAGCCUGGGAAAGAGCUGGAGUGACAGAGUAGAUGUGGUCGCGCAGACGCUAUCAAACAUCAAAGUGAUUGAGUUAGAUGAGGUCGAGUGCCGUGAUCGAGCUCGAGGAGGUUACGCUGGAGCCCAACCUGAGAGACAGAAUCAGAGUCAAGUGAGAAGGCCCACAGUUUGA